CUCGCCUUCUCACCUUCUCACCAUCCCAAGGCGUGGUUCUUUUUAGUUAUUGGUGUAAAUCGAAACCAAAACUUAGUCUCUUGUUUUCUUCACGAUGAAUGAUCUUCUUAAGCCUUCUAGAAAAGAGUUCAGUUUGAUGGUGAAAUACUAUGGAAGAAAAGGUGAUGUGCAUCGUGCACGUGAGACUUUUGAGAGUAUGUGCGCUCGGCGUAUCACACCAACAUCACGUACAUACACAACUAACACAAGGGAACUAAAGCAUAAGAGACUCGUCAAGUUGAUGGGAUGUUGCUGCGAUGGAGAUGAUGACUUUGACUAGAUUCAUACAACCAUAGAUGAUGCAGAACAUUGUUAAUAGAGAGAGUUAACACAAUAGUAGGGAUCCUAGUUUUGAUUGUAUAAUAAGAAAAUGUUUGUGUCUUAUAAGUUGAAUAAAUCAAUCUAUUUUUUAUUCUUA